UUUGUCCUUGUCUUAUGUUUUCCAGUCUGUGCUGGCACGGAGAACAAGCUAAGCACUCUGUCGGACCUGGAGCAGCAGUAUCGCACCUUGAGAAAAUACUACGAGAACUGUGAAGUCGUCAUGGGCAACCUUGAGAUUACGAGCAUUGACCGCAGUCGAGAUUUGACCUUCCUCAGAUCCAUACGAGAAGUGACUGGCUACGUGUUGGUGGCUCUGAACCAGUUCGACUACCUGCCUUUGGAGAACUUGAGGAUCAUUCGAGGAACCAAGCUUUAUGAGGACCGCUACUCGCUUGCAAUCUUUCUGAAUUAUAGACGGGAUGGAAACUUUGGCCUUCGACAGCUGGGUCUUAAAAACCUCACAGAGAUUCUCAAAGGAGGUGUGUAUGUUGACCAGAACAAGUUCCUCUGCCAUGCAGACACAAUCCACUGGCAGGACAUUGUCAAGUAUCCAAGGAUUCAUCCUAUAGUGGUACCCACUAACAGCAGUGUUAUAUGUCAAAAGUGUCAUCGUUCCUGUACUGGGCGCUGCUGGGGCCCCAAGGAGGACCACUGUCAAAGCUUAACUAAGACGGUGUGUGCUGAACAGUGCGACGGUCGCUGCUUUGGUCCCUAUGUAAGUGACUGCUGCCAUCGCGAGUGUGCAGGUGGCUGCUUUGGCCCAAAGGACACAGACUGUUUUGCCUGCACAAACUUCAAUGACAGUGGAGCGUGUGUUACACAGUGCCCUCAGCCAUUUGUCUACAAUCCCACCACGUUCCAACUCGAACACAACCCGAGAGCAAAGUACACCUAUGGAGCCUUCUGUGUCAAGAAGUGCCCUCAUAACUUUGUGGUGGACCACAGCUCCUGUGUGAGAGCAUGCCCUAGUAACAAGAUGGAGGUGGAGGAGAACCGGAUUAAGAUGUGCAUCCCUUGCACAGAUAUCUGCCCAAAAGCAUGUGAUGGAAUAGGCACAGCCAGCCUCCAGACAGCUCAGACAGUGGACUCAAGCAACAUUGACAACUUUGUCAACUGCACCAAAAUCAAUGGCAACCUGGUGUUCCUUAUUACUGGGAUUAAAGGGGAUGUCUAUCACAACAUUGGACCUUUAGAUCCAGAAAAACUCAAUGUGUUCCGGACAGUUCGGGAAAUCACAGGCUACCUUAACAUCCAGUCUUGGCCUGAGAACAUGACUGACCUGAGUGUUUUCUCCAACCUAGUAACUAUCGGGGGAAGAGCACUGUACAGUGGGAUUUCCCUGUUGGUGUUAAAACAGCAGGGCAUCUCAUCACUGCAGCUUCAGUCCCUGAGAGAGAUCAGUGCUGGGAAUGUCCACAUUGCAGAGAACAGCCAACUCUGCUACUACAGCACUGUGAACUGGACAAGACUCUUUCACGCUGGUAACCAAAAUGUCCUUAUUCGCAGCAACAGAAGCCCACAAGAAUGUGCCAAGGACCACAUGGUGUGUGACACAUUGUGUUCUGAUGCUGGAUGUUGGGGUCCUGGUCCGGACCAGUGCCUGUCCUGCCGGUACUUCAGCCGGGGACGAACCUGUGUAGAUACCUGUAACCUGUACGAAGGGGAUAUUCGAGAGUAUGCCAAUGGUUCAAUGUGUGUGGAGUGUGAUGCCCAGUGUGAAAGAGCAGACGAUGACUCUUUAACCUGCCACGGCCCAGGCCCGGAACACUGUGUGAAAUGCCUUCAUUUCAAGGACGGUCCGAACUGUGUGGAAAAGUGUCCUGAUGGCUUACAAGGUGCCAACAGCUUCAUCUUCAAAUAUGCCGAAGUAAACAACGAAUGCCAUCCCUGCCAUGCCAACUGCACCCAAGGGUGCAUUGGACCAAGACUACAAGAUUGCAUCGGCUGGAUGGACAGAACCCCUCUGAUUGCUGCUGGAGUGAUUGGCGGCCUCUUCAUGGUGGUGAUCAUGGUAUUGAGUGUAGCAGUGUCAGUGCGUCGGAAGAACAUUAAGAAGAAGAGGGCCCUUCGGCGAUUUCUGGAGACUGAGUUGGUGGAACCGCUGACUCCCAGUGGAACAGCUCCUAAUCAAGCCCAACUUCGCAUCCUUAAAGAAACGGAACUUAAAAGAGUCAAGAUCCUUGGUUCUGGAGCCUUUGGAACUGUAUACAAGGGUAUUUGGGUCCCAGAGGGUGAAACUGUAAAAAUUCCUGUGGCCAUCAAAAUCCUUAAUGAGGCCACUGGACCCAAGGCAAAUGUGGAGUUCAUGGACGAGGCUUUAAUAAUGGCCAGCAUGGAGCACCCUCACCUCGUUCGGCUGUUGGGUGUCUGCCUGAGUCCAACUAUCCAGCUGGUGACACAACUGAUGCCUCAUGGCUGCCUGCUUGACUACGUCCACGAGCACAAGGACAACAUCGGAUCACAGCUACUGCUCAACUGGUGCGUCCAGAUUGCCAAGGGAAUGAUGUACCUGGAGGAGCGUAGACUUGUCCACCGAGAUCUUGCAGCCCGGAAUGUUCUGGUCAAAUCUCCGAACCACAUCAAAAUUACCGACUUUGGGCUGGCUCGGCUGCUAGAUGUCAACGAAAAAGAAUAUAAUGCUGAUGGGGGAAAGAUGCCAAUCAAGUGGAUGGCCCUGGAGUGUAUCCAUUACAGGAAAUUUACCCACCAGAGUGACGUUUGGAGUUAUGGUGUGACCAUAUGGGAACUUAUGACCUUUGGAGGGAAACCAUAUGAUGGCAUUCCGACUAGAGAUAUUCCAGAUCUACUGGAGAAAGGAGAACGUCUUCCUCAGCCACCCAUCUGUACCAUUGAUGUCUAUAUGGUCAUGGUCAAAUGCUGGAUGAUUGAUGCAGACAGUCGACCCAAGUUCAAGGAACUAGCUGCAGAGUUCACACGGAUGGCUCGUGACCCCCAGCGAUACCUGGUCAUCCAGGGUGAUGACCGCAUGAAGUUGCCCAGCCCCAACGACAGCAAGUUUUUCCAGAGCCUGCUAGAGGAAGAUGAGCUGGAGGACCUGAUGGAUGCCGAGGAGUAUUUGGUUCCUCACUCCUUUAACAUUCCACCACUGGCAUACACUCCUCGCACACGCAUGGACUCCAACAAGAAUCAAUUUGGCUGUCAGGAUCCAACUUUUACCAUGGGGGACAUGCUGGCCUCUCUGCCUAGAGUGGGUCAAUCCAUGUCUGGAAGCAGCCUCCCUUCACAGGAACUCGCUGCAGGGGCCCAGAUCAGUGGUGGAUUUAGUCGUGGCAACCAAGAUGACCCUCGCUGUAAUGGCACCCUAAGAAAGCAGGCCUCCCCAAGGUCAAACACCGUUGGUUCAGCUCAUACUCCAGGACAAGGUGGAGGAGAGGAGACAAGCGGACAGCGCUACAGUGCGGAUCCUACUGGUCUUUUAUCAGAACGAGGUGAAAAGGGAGACAAGGAUGGCUACAUGGUUUCCAUGAGAAACAAGAACACCUCAGAUCAUCUCCAUCCUGUUGAGGAAAACCCUUUUGUCACACGCCGUCGGAACGGUGAUGCCCGCGUAGUGAUAGAUGGAGCAAGUUGCCACACCUUGCACAUAGCUGGCGCUGCCGCUGCCCCGAAAGGCCAGUCUGCCCAUGGAGACGAUGAGUACAUCAAUGAGCCACUGUACCUGAAUACAUUCCUUAGCCCUGGGGACAAAAAUGGAUUAGCUGGUGCCAUUUCCAUCUCUGGUUCUUCGUCCUCUACUGCACAAUCAGUCCUGCAGACAGCAAAUCCAUCCACAUCAAGCCACAUCGUUUCCUCCACUGGAUAUGUGGUAACUCCUGGCUUACUCCCCCACCCGACAUAUCCAUCACAUACCUUGCAUCCAGGGCAUUCAGGACACACACUACACUCAGGCAUCACCAGUAGCACAAUGGCAUUUGAUAAGAAAGCCAAGAAAGCAACUUUUGACAAUCCUGAGUAUUGGCAGCACAGUCUCCCUCCGAAGUCCACAUUGCACAAUCCCGAGUACCUGCAGGACUGCAGCACACGUUUCUUCUACCGGCAGAAUGGACGCAUUCGCCCUGCUGUGGCAGAAAACCAGGAAUACUUGUCUGAGGCUGCUAUGAAGGCUGGCAAUGUGUUGCCACCACCUCCGUACAGGCAGAGGAACACUGUGGUGUAGUGACCCACCUGUAGCAUCUGGAGAUUAAAAAAUCAUGUCUUUUCAAUGCCGUACUUGCCCUCCGGGGUCCUCCUUGCACCUUUUCUGGAAACUUGUCAUAAUCAUUCUAUUUGGAAGUCUUCUAUUCUCAGUGUUUGAAUCUGCCUUUCCGUAACAGCAACUACAACAGCUGUCAGUGGCAGCUUCAUCUAAGACUUAAACCAUCCUUUUUAAACAUGACUCCUAAACUAGAGGAUCUCCUUCAGGGAUGGAUCUGAUUUGACCUGCAGAAAACUGUUCUGGCAUCUUUAACAACAGAACAAGAGCAAUCCAAGAAAAGAUUACAUCAGUGUGUUAUUUAAAAAACAUAAGAAAUAACCUAAUUAGGCUAAUUAAACUAGUUAGUCAGACGAGGAGUAUUUUCAUUGACACUGUGAGAUUGUUAAUGAGCCCAUGAAUCAUUCUUCUGUAUGUUUUAUAUAUUUUCUAAUCAAACUAGUUGUGUACAUGCUUUUGUUUGAACAGACUUUUUACAUUGGGUUUAGGUUAUAAUGUGAAACACGCAUUCAGGUUAGAAUCUUGACUUACCAACGAAACUGAAGUUAUGCUGAGAAUACCUAAAGUAGCUUUUAUUCCCACAAACUCACUUCUUUUUCUGUCCCUUUCUUAAACAAUUAAACAUGUCAGACCUGGGACAAGCCCGGAGGCCUGGGAACAACAAAAGAAAAUUUGUUCACACGCAAACACAGUAACAUGUACGCCUGCAACCACUUGAAAUGUAUUGUGGAGCAGUUUGAUCAUCUACUGAAGCAGCAGAAAACAGGAAGUUGUGAAGAGCAGAAGAAAAUAUUUCAACAAAAUGCUCAGUCGCAUUGUUUUGAGCUUUUGGCCCUGUCCAGAAUGAUAUGAUUUUUUUUUUUUUUUUUAAUGAACAUUUUCCACAAUGGAAAUGUUUAAAAACUUCAUUCUGUCUCCAACAGUACUGCAGCUGUUUUUUUGUUUGUUUGUUUUUCUUCUACCCCCUCACAUCUGUCUUACGUUAUUCUGAUUCUGUUUGAUUUAACCUUUUAAUGCAAGCUCAUGAAGUUAAUGAGUAAGAGGAAAGGGCAUCGAGUGAUCACAAAAGCACAAUCUACAGCAGGGACACUGCAUUGCAUUCUGGGAACAUUGGAGACUUACUGUCAACUCCAGUCUACAGCAGAAUAUAUGCAGCUGGAGAGUGAGACGCACUAACAGGAAAAAAAAAAAACACAUGCAAGAACUGUUCUACUUAUUGUAAGACACAAAAUAAGGCUUUUGCAUCCACAUAUAAGAAGCAAAUACAAGCUUAUGGAAAAAGAUUGUUUGGAUUUUUCUUGCAUACAUACAUUUCUGCUGAAACUCUUGAAAUUGUAUCAUUUGUCUCAAAACAAACAAUAUGAAAGGCAGUUGCUGUCGUAUGUGUGUGUCAUCUUUGGUUACAGAGCACAUAUUUACACACAUUAGAAUUAAGAUAAGUAAUUUACAUAACUCAUGGAUGGACUCUACCUUUAUUUGUCUUAUUUCAAAUUUAAAUGACUUUCAAAUCAUUUUUAGGAGACAGCCUGUUCAAACUUCAGGCAUUGGGAAAAACUUUGUGGGGUAAUGUAAUUUCUUCACCAUAGUCAUGAGCACCUCCCAGGUCUUCAAGGUGUGCUCCUGUGUGAUGUCAUCAUCCCAUUCCAUAAUAUUUGUGGAGAACCUUUAGCCUAGCUCUGCUUUUGGAUUUUUGACUACACAAUAUUAGCCUCAUUGUUGCUGCCAUUGAUGUUACCUGCCGGCAUGACAUAACUUUUACAUUGACAUUGAUUGAAUCACACAGUUUGCCUAGACAUGGGCUUUGUCAAAAACAGAAGA